CGGUGGAGAACACGGCGUUCCCUGCUCGUCUUUGUGUGGAUUUCAGUUGCCACUUAUUUAGUGCUGCCAAUGAAAGUGAUGUAGUAAACUUAAUUGCACGGCAGUGUGUUGAGCAAAGAGUUAUCGGUACCUGCAUUCUUUCGCAGUGAGAUCUUUACUAUCAGAAAAAGCGAUCAAGGGCGAGGAGAGCUUGGCUGUUUGACAGAGCACGUGAGCCAGACACGCCCCCCUCAAUGGCUGCUGCUGCUGCCGCCGCUGCCUCCAAUGGCGUCGCUGAAGUGUUCCACUAUGAGACCAAGUACAUUGUUCUCAAAUCCCUCAGCCUGCUCCCAGCUAGGGGAGCUCAGGGGACACCUGUUUCUGCGGGGGAAGGGGAGGCUCAGAUGGAGCAGGAGAGGAAGAGCUACAUAAAAACGGAGACUGGAGCGGAGCUGAGACAGCUUGAAGAGGAAAUCACAGCAUUCUUUUCCAGCUCAGGUUGUGAUGUAUCUCCACUGUUCAGCCCUGAGAGCUCCAUUGAGGACUGCCUGACUGCUCUGGGGGACCGUGUGGCCCUUGACCUACAGGCACAUCUGGGCACUGCUGUACAUACACUGCUCAGUGUCCCCCUGGACUACGAGCGAUUCAGAGACACAGCUCAGGAACUGUCUGCUUACUGUGGUGGCAGCUGGGAUAAGGUGCUGCUGCCCUUAGUGCUGCUGCAGGCCCUACAGGGGGAUGGGACGGCCACGCCCACUCUUCUGUCCCUGGGCGUACGCUACCUGGAGGAGGUGGAGGCUGAUUACAUCGUGCAGCAGGGUGGAUGGAGCACAGUGUUCAGUCUGGAGGGAUCAGGGCAGCCAGCGGGGGGCGAGGCGGAGGACAGCAGUGACAUUGCCGUGCUGUGUGAGAGCCAGGCGUCAGAGCACCCCAGCCCCCCCGCCUCGCUGCGUAGCGACGGCGGCUCGUGGCAGACGGAGAGCCUGCCCGUGUCGCUGGCGGCGCACGAGUCCUGGUCGCACCUGGGCGUGGACCUGGAGGAGCGCAGCGACAACCACUCCUCCAACUCCGACAUCGUCCACGUGGGCCGCGAGGAGGUGGACCUGCUGGAGGCGGAGCCGGAGCUGCAGGAGAGCACUCUGAGUGUCCUCGGGAGCGAGAGAGAGCUGGCGGAGCUCGGGGCAGAGCUUAGUGCAGAGAUGCCGCCGCCUCUUGAGCCAGAGCCUAUCCUGGCAGCCCCAGAACCCCUGGUGUCUCUGGAGGAGCCUGUCGUCAGAGAGACACCCCCCAGCCCCCCAGCAGCGCUGCCUCCCCAGGUAGACCCCCCUACUGCAGCACCGCUUGUCUCUUUGUUAGACACUGAGAACCCUGCACCUGCAGCCCCCUUGGUCGCAUCUGCGCCCCCACCCCCAGAGCCAGUUGCAGAGCCCCCAGAGCCAGCUGCAGAACCCCCAAAACAGGAGCAGCCCCCAGUGGAGCCCCAGCUGGAGGUGGAGCAGGUAUCCACAACAGCGACCCUCUCAGCACCCCCUGUGCCCCUCACUGAGGAGGCCCCCAUUGAGCCAGAGCUGUCGUCUCCUCUGGUCCCCCCUGAAUUACCCCCCGAGGCUCCCCCCGACUCGCCCUCAGAGCUCCCUGUGCUGAUAUACGGGGGUGCUGCCCUGGUGGCCAUCGCUGCGAUGGUGGCAUACGGAGUCCUGACCUACAGGAAGAAAUAGUUUAACCCCCCCCCCCAUUCCCCACUCCCCACUCCCCGUUCCCCACCACGCUCAUGCCGGCUCCCACCCCGGUCAUUGCUGGUAAUGUGGGUUAUGUGUUGAGAAGAUUAGGGGUGCUGUGGUGCUGACGUAUGCACCUGUGUGUAUGAGGAAAUGUGUUUUCAUUUAGUCUUCCCUGUCUCAUCCCAUCAGGUUUCAUCUUUCUUUUCAUAACACCAUCGCUUUUGUUAACCUGUCGACUGCCCCCAGGGUUCUGUUAUUUUCUGUUGUAUCUCUGUACUGCUGUGGAUUCAGGAGUGUGUUUUCUGAACACACAUCUCAUCUGAAUUGCUGUAUGGGGUUUGGCCACAAAAAGUGUCAGACCUGUGGAGGUCAGCUUUUCAAGAAGAUUUUGGGUGGGGAAGUUGGACGGGGGAGUAAUUCAGUGACUAUGCAGCUCUUUACAGAACCACAACCUCCUUUCCACUGAACCCACAACUUCCUUCCACUGAAUCACGACCACGUUUAAUGAGCAGGUUAAACUGAAUAGGAGAAUCAGACUUAUGUUUAUGGAUUUUUAUUUUUUGCAGUUUUAGCAUUCGCUUCCAUUUUGUGCCCUUUCCCAAAGUCCCAUUUAACUGCCAGUACAUAUACAGGUACACACACAUGCACAUGCAUGUCCACAGAUGCACAACUCUGAUGUUAUCUCCUGCUUGGUGGCUUCUUUGAAUGUUGACGUAACCUUGAGAACAGGAAAGGAUGCCGUUAUUAGAAUCCUUCAGACCUCACCGGAUGUACAGCCCUCAGCAGCCAGUCAGAACACAGUGCUGUUGCCAUGACAGCCAGAGGGAGCAGUCAGGCCUUGUUCGAGAUUGAGAGACCUGGUCAAUAAAUUGAUGUAGCCUCAUCUGAGCUGCAGGGUCAGUGCUUAACGUGGUGUGUCGCUCUAGGGCUAAGC